UCGCCGGCCUCCAGGCGGAGCCGAGGCUGGAGCCGAAGCCGGGGGAGCGGGGGGGAUGCGGGCUGUGGGGGUGCUGGGGCUGGGGGCACUGCUGGCUUGGCUGCCCCCCGUCCCUGCCGACACCUUCUCGGCUCUGAGAAGCGUGAGGCAGGCUCGGGGGGUCGAGGGGAGGCUGCUGAGGAGGCUCCGAGCCUACCUGCGGGAGGAGAGCGCCCGCCUGCGCCGCCUGGGCAGGUUCUACGAGAAGGUUCGGGCGCUGCACCAGGACCCCGGCGCCUCGGUGGAUAACCCCUUGCUGGCCUUCAGCCUCAUCAAACGCCUCAGCUCCGACUGGCCCCGCUUGGUCCACAGCGACGAGGCCGCCGAAAACACCCGGGCUCUCCAUGAUGGUUUCGAGGAGGUGCAGCAAGAAUUGCCCGGAGCCGAGGACCUGGAAGGAGCGGCGAGGGCGUUGAUGAGGCUGCAGGACGUCUACGGGCUCAGCGUCAAGGGCAUGGCCAACGGCGUCUUCCAGCCCGCCGGCACCGGCCGCCCUCCCCUAUACAGCCCCGGCCUCCGCGUCGCCCUCUCCGCCGACGAUUGCUUCCACGUGGGCAAGGUGGCCUACGACACGGGUGACUAUUACCACUCCAUCGCCUGGCUGGAGGAGGCCGUCAGCCGCUUCCGCCUGUCCUACGGCAGCUGGAACCCGGAGGAGGAGCGGGGCAGCCUGGAGGACGCCCUCGACCACCUCGCCUUCUCCUACUUCAUGGCUGGAAACAUCUCCCACGCCUUGACCCUCUCCAGGGAAUUUCUCCACUACGACCCCAGUAACCAGAGGGUGACGAGGAACGUGGCCAAAUACAAGAAGCUGCUGGCGUCAGGGGGGGACCGAGUGGGGAGCCCCCUGCGGCGCCCCAAUGCCACCCGCCUGCAGAGCCGGGACGCCUACGAGGAGCUGUGCCAGAGUCUGGGGGCACAGCCGGCCAUGGAGCGGCCCCCACGCCUCGGCUGCUCCUACGAGACCAACGGCAGCCCCUACCUCCUGCUGCAGCCCGCCAAGAAGGAGACGCUGAGGCUCCAGCCCUACAUCGCCUUGUACCACGACUUCAUCAGCGACGCCGAGGCCGAGACCAUCAAGGGGUUGGCGGGGCCCUGGCUCCAGCGCUCCGUGGUGGCCUCCGGGGAGAAGCAGCAGAAGGCCGAGUACAGGAUCAGCAAGAGCGCCUGGCUGAAGGACACGGCCGACCCCGUGGUGCGGGCGCUGGAGCUGCGCAUGGCGGCCGUCACCGGCCUGGAUUUGAGGCCUCCCUACGCCGAGUACCUGCAGGUGGUCAACUACGGGCUGGGCGGCCACUACGAGCCACACUUCGACCACGCCACGUCCAGGAAGAGCCCCCUUUACAGAAUGAAGUCCGGCAACAGGAUCGCCACGGUCAUGAUCUACCUGAGCGCCGUGGAGGCCGGUGGCUCCACCGCCUUCAUCUACGCCAACUUCAGCGUGCCCGUGGUUAAGAACGCAGCCCUCUUCUGGUGGAACCUGCGGAGGAACGGGGACGGCGACGGGGACACCCUGCACGCCGGCUGCCCCGUCCUGGCUGGGGACAAAUGGGUGGCGAACAAGUGGAUCCACGAGCACGGGCAGGAAUUUCGGCGGCCCUGCAGCCGCGAUCCCCGGGACUGAGGAGGACGUCGGGGGUUCGAGGACGCAGCUCCUGGCCUGGACGGCGUCACCGCCACCACGGGGGGGAAAAGUCACCUCAGGGGGGGGUUAUCCAGGAGAAAAAGGGGGUGGCAGCACCGGGGGGAGGAUGGUUUUGCUCCCCCGCGAGCCAAAAGGGGUGAAAAUAAAAUUGAAGGAGAUUG